AUGCCUUCUGCUGUGACGAUUGUCCUCCUGAUGGGGGCGCUGACGGUCGACUCGGCCUUUGCUCAGCUUGGAAAUAACGAGAGCCUCAGUGCUGACUCUGGGGAGCAUCAGACGGAAUACGACAAGGAGGAGUUGAGGACCAUGUGUUCCAACAUGGAGCUGGAGGAAUGUGAAAGUGACGUGGACGGGAUUUUCCGUCUGAAUGACAUCAGCUGUGUCAAAGUAUUAACCAUGGAAAAGGAUUUCGCCAACGCGGAGAUGGUGUGUCAAGCUUUGGGAGGAGAUGUGGUCAAAGUGCAAAACGAGGAGGAGCACAGGAAGCUGCUGUGUAUGAUGUUACGGCUCUUCCCACGGCGACUCCACUACUGGAUCGGUGCUGAAAGAGGAGCGGAUGAUGGUUUCCACUGGUCUGACGGCAGCGGACCAGUGAGGUUUGCUCCGUGGAGCGAAGGUCAACCCGACAGAUCCAACAACGACGAGCAUUGCGUGAUGAUGAACUUUGGCACCUGGGGUCCGUGGAACGACAUCUCGUGUGACGCCAUGGCUUCUGUGGCGUGCCAGAUGGCGAUGUGAUGGUUGGCCUCCACGUGAGCAGGCGUUAAAUAAAG